GCGGCCACCAGGAAGUGGAGGGACUAAAGCAUGGUGGUGGUAACACAAGCGGUUGGCGGGUGUGGGGUUGAUUUGUUGGUCAGUCAAAUGCAAGCAACUUUCUAGAUGUGACGUAGCAGCUGUUUUGCGGCGAGAUGGCUCUAGUGCGACUGAGAAACCCGAAGGGCCCGAAUGCUUCUGAGAUAGAAAAGAAAAUUAAAAGAGGCAAUGCUCUGAGACAGGGGUCUUCGUGGCGCGGUUACCGUGGACUUGUGGCCUUGGUGCUGGUUGCUUUGUCCGUGUGCGGGGCGGCCGCGUGGCUCUACGUGAUUUCCCUGGACGGCGACGUUACAGAAACUCUGGUCAGCCAAAGGGAGCUGGUUUCUCCUGAGCCCAGGGUCUACACUGUGCAGUGCUCGGAGGACUACGAAAACUACAAACGCUAUCCAGGAUGCACCCCUCAGAAGUGUGGCCGCGCAGUCACAGACGGCGUGGUGACGAGGGAGGAGGCUCAGGUUCUCAGGAGGCUGGCUGAGAGGGGGCUGGCGCUGGCUGGAUCAGAGGGAGGCGCCUCCAUACUGGACCUGCACUCUGGAGCGCUGUCGAUGGGCAAACAGUUUGUCAACAUAUACAGGUAUUUUGGGGAACAGAUCGGGGAUGUGUUCACGCAAGAGGAUUUCCAGCUUUACAGAAAUGUGCGAAACCGAAUCCAGGCAGUCAUCGCUGAGACGUUCGGUUUGGACCCAGCCCUGAUGUACCUCACCAAGCCCACCUUCUUCUCCAGAAUCAACAGCACAGCGGCAAAGACCCAGCACGACGAGUACUGGCAUCCACACAUUGAUAAGGUCACUUAUGGCUCUUUCGAUUAUACCUCUCUCCUGUACCUGUCUGACUACGGCUCUGACUUCAGUGGAGGAAGAUUCAUCUUCAUGGACCAAAACGGCAACCGGACAGUGGAACCACGCGCAGGACGGGUCUCUUUCUUCUCCUCUGGCUCGGAGAACCUGCACCGCGUUGAGAGGGUAACGUGGGGGACGCGUUACGCCAUCACCGUGUCCUUCACCUGCGACCCCGCGCACGCCAUCUCUGACCCCACCCUGCCCUGAGGCAUCCACGGACGAAGGAUGGUCACGCUUUCCACCGGCUUGGAGGAGCCCUGUGACACAGAGGAGAGGAGGGGGGGAAGGGGGACGGGAAGGGGAAGGAAGAACAAGGGGAAAGAUGAGAAAGGGGGAAGGAAGGAGAAAAGUUGGAUUCUACACAGAGGUCUUACUUUCUACACUGAGGCUGCACAGUUAAUAUCUGGAAUGAUCUUUUCAUUCUCAGAUAUUGACUUUGUCCCCUUUACUAAAAAGAAAAACAAAAAAGCUCCCUGUCUUUUAUGGGGGUGUGCCCUUAUUUAUGCCAGACCCUUUGUUCAAUUUUCAACAUCAGCUUCCUUUUCCCUUGUACCAUCAUAAUCACUAAUGUCGAGGGAGGGGGUCUGCUCUUCUUGAACAUUCAGGGGACGUCUUUGCGGAAACAGAUUCAAAGAGGGAUUGUGUGUUUGUGAUUUUUAAGGAGACUUCUUGAAAGAGAAUUAGAAAUCUGAUGAAACAUCUGCAUAAUCAACCCCGCACUGGCUAUCUCCAAGAGGUAUUUAUCUUCUAAGAAGAACCCUCUCCUUAUCUGAAAGUGAUUGUUCUUUAUAUUGUGCUACUAUAAGCUUUUGUGUCAUUGCCGAGAACGGUUUGAGGUAAAAACCUCUUUUCUUUUUUUUUCUUUGCCUCGUUUUAGUACUCAAAAUUCUCAUUUGUCUUCUAAGGAACUACCUAUCCAAUUUUAAUUAAAUCAUCUGAUAUUAUUCACGUGUAUAAAUCUGUUGAUAUCAGAGUCUUAUCUGCACUUCCUUCGUGAGCACUCGAGGAUACGCUCGAUCGAUCAGACGCUAUCGUCUGUUUCAGAAUUCAUUGCCUUUCUUAUUUUCCACUCAGCUGCUCUUAACCGUCCACCGUUUCCAUCUCCGCUUCUCCCUCAGAGAAUCUGAAGAUUGAAUUUAAAAGCCAUCGUUUCAUGUAUAUUUUAUACGCCACUUCAAUCUUCAGCUUUAUAGUCGUGUUAAAUGUUUCUAGUCCUGUGAGCUCAUAUAUAUGAAAUAACGUGAUGUGUCGAGACUCGGCGGCAGGUUGAGCUCCAGUGUUUAUUCUGGUGGCAUGGAAUUCUGAUUACUUUCCAUGACAUGGAGCAAUUUUUCAGUAAACACAGCGAAAAGCAAACCAGCUGUUUACUCUAUAUAAAAAAGCUCCACAUAUGAUUAUGGAUAAACAGUCGCACAGUGAAUCUUAGCUAUAUCUGUUUUCUUUGGCUCUUUAACACAGGCCAGUGUUUGGGUACAUUUUGUUUAGAGAGGCAGCUCUAUUAUGAAAGUCGGUUUAAAAUACUUCCUUCCACUCAAAGACCAUCCAAUGUGUUGCAUGCUUUUUCCCAGGUUACUACAGUUCACAUGUGGAAUGUGCAAAUCAUGCCACAUUUUUAUUGAAGCUAAUGUUAAUUUUAAUACAAUUUGUCAAUCUUUCACUCACUUUUGAAAUGAGUUUUGUAAUAUCUUACAGUGAAGUUUUCAUUAAAUUUUGUUAAAUCCCA